UUGAAAUCCCCACAAGUAAUAGUUUUUAUUAAAUCUGCGACGCUUAAAUUUGAUUGGGAUUUAAAGUAAAUAUCAAAGUUGUGGAUUCCAUAUGUGGAUCAUGUGCGGGUCAGCUGAUUUAACAGUUAGAGACUACUGAUAGUAGAGAGAUAUUUUUUAAUGGGGAGCGUCUCGCUUGUCCGAAGGGUCAUUGAUCCGAAAAAUGAUACCCAGAACAUGAAACAGAAAUGGCUGAGAAAGAAGCAGUGCAGAGUGAUCAACAAACUCUAGGGGAUGGUGAUAUCGAGGACUUAUGUGUGGCUGUCAGUGAUUUUGCAGGUCUUUCUGAUAAUGAAUUGCAGUUCUCUAGAGGAGACAAGAUCGAGGUUCUCCAAAAGACCUCAGAGCACUGGUGGUGGUCAAGACUUAAUGGUCACUUUGGAUAUGUGCCCACCAAUCAUGUGGUCAGCUUCUCCGACUCCUCCUUUAAGCAGAUUUCAUGGCAGGAUUGUGAUUAUUUUGAAAAUUAUGGCACUUUGAAACUUCAUCUUGAAAUGCUUAGUGACAAACCCAGAACAGAGGCUUACAAAAAGGCAUUCGAGGUAUAUUGCAGGCAUACCAAAGACAAGGUUGUCCUGGACAUUGGUUGUGGUACAGGGAUAUUGAGUAUGUUUGCUGCCACCGUGGGACAGGCAGCAAAGGUUUAUGCCGUGGAGGCUAGUGAUAUUGCUCAUUACACUAAAUCACUAGUGGAUAAAAAUGGCUUGGGUGAACAAAUUACAGUGAUUGAAGGGGAAAUGGAAAACAUUGUUUUACCAGAAAAAGUGGAUUUGAUCAUAUCAGAAUGGAUGGGGACAAUGCUAUUGUUUGAGUUCAUGAUUGAAACUGUGAUAUUAGGUCGAGACAAGUGCCUGAAAGAAGAUGGUGUGAUAUGGCCGUCUGAAGCCCAGUUGUACCUCGCACCAUGCAGUGCUCAGAGUGUGUAUCAAGCUAAGGUCAAGGCCUGGGACAAUGUCUAUGGAUAUGACUUCUCCUCAUUGAGAGAAGAAGCAGUGAAGGAGUUCUUUUACAAACCCAUCUAUAACCAUAAUCUGUCUGAUGAAGACUGCUUAGCAGAGGAAACCUGUAUUCUGCAAUUGAAUAUGAAACACGUCCAGAUACAAGACCUAGAAAAAAUUGACAAGGAUUUUUCAUUUCUAGUUAAGAAAAGUGGACCACUGCAUGGUUUCUGUAGUUGGUUCAGUGUGGGUUUUAGCCAUCCGGAUUCUGACAGCCCCAUGGUAGUAUUAAGCACAGGACCAAAACACAGUCAAACUCACUGGCACCAGCAUCUUUUCAUGUUAGAUGAACCUCUUUCUGUGGCUCCUGACAAUGAGGUUACUGGGAGGAUAACUCUGAUCAGAAAUACAGAGUGGAGAAGACAUCUGACUGUCAUCAUUCAGGGCCAGGUCCUUAAGUCAGUAAACAAAGAAAGAAUUCAGAGUUUUCACAAAGUGUUUCCCCUUUGGAUGGAUCAAGUGUUGAAGGAUGAAUAUAUCAAACCUAAAGACUAAGAAUGAUGGAAAAGGCAGGGCUGGCUGGUUGGUCUAGCGAGAAAAUGCAGCAAUGGUUUGCGGACGUUCGUCAGACCCCCCGCUACCAAGCCGAGUACUUGGGCCGCCUAAGUAAACUGCGGGAGGAACUUAUCAACCAAGAACAGGAAAAUCUCUCCCACGCGAUGGAGAGACUGAGAGUGAAUUCUCUAGGAAGAGAGCACCCGAAACAUCGGGCAAAAAUUAAGAAACCGCCGGACGAAUUUCUUGACACUUUUCCCUAUCGGCAACGCCAGAUUCUUUUGGAAAAGUUGGAGAGGAAUAGACGUCGGGUGGGCCCUGUGCGUCAAAGAAGCCCACCAAAGUUGGAUCCUUUAGAAGGAAAACAGCUUGUAGAACCAUUUCACAGACCAGAGAGAAAUACGAACAGUGCUCCGGAACUGAGUAAUAAAUCUAAAUCAGACGGCGAUCUACAUACACGACUGUUCUCGAAAUCUGUAGACGAGGCAAAACUUGUAAAUUUGCAAAAACUUUUGAAACCGUCGCAAAGUAUACCUAAUUUAGAAAGACGAAUUAUACCCUCUCGACACCAAACGAAUAAACAAUCACCGGCACACAAAGAUAAAAUGGAUUUAACUGUCCACCCAGAACCUCCACAUGGACCUAUCUAUAAGAAAGAUGCUCAAACCGGACUUUUUAAGCGCGUCGGGGCGAGAGCGGUUUCUCGCCAACCGAAAGCACAUUUGGAGCUCGCUCCAACAGCUCAUAGCUACGACCGAGUCACCGAUGUCAUCGAUGCGGUGCGCCAAGCCCAAGAGGAGUACCACGUCAGAGGGCAAUUUUACGUCCCCUCCACCACGCCUGAAUCCGACUUUCAGCCAACGGAGGACCCCUAUCGAGACUGCGUGGAUUCGGAUUGGACAGCGUUUUCUUCCAGCGGCGGUUCGCAUAGACUGGUAAAAUACCCAAAUGAAGAAGAAACCUCAAGAGGGGUGUCAAGAAAGGGGAACAAAAGAUCAGAAACGGAACUCAACAGAGACAGAACACUAGAGGCAAAAAUGAAAGCGAUGUCACGGUCGCACGAAAUCGUAGCCAGUUACACCGAGUUUCCGCGUAUUCCCCCAGAAAAGAAAAGCUUGAUCGUGGAGAUGCCGAACAUUGUUUUCCAACCGGCGACACCGGACCUGUACUCCGUGUACAAUGAUCUUCCACAGUCCAGCCAAUCUCUAAAGAAGGCCUACCGCCAGCAACAGCUUCGCGAGAGAGAAGUUAGUAACCUUUUAGAAGACGUUCAGGAGCUGAAUCAAAUAACCGAGGAACUGCAGACCAAGGUGCUAGAAAGGCAGGCGAGCAAACUUGAAUAAUAAUAAUAAUGGUCUGCACCACAAUAAAGGCGAUUAGUUAUUCCAUUUACUUAACCAGUCUUAUUGUGAAUUGAUUAUUUUUCCGAUGUAAGCCGUCCAGUUUUAUUGAUUAUCAAUAGGGUCCAUUCCCAUGAGUAAAUAUCAGGUCGUUCUCCGUUGCUCAAUCGUUACAGGUUAGACUUACCGAUAAAUGAGAAUGUGUUUCUUCGAAAGUUCUUCUGUCACGAAUCUGUUGAUGAAUGUCAAAUUCUGAACUUCUGUCGAUUACAGACGUCGAGGUCGUGGCUUAUGUUAGGAAUUGGCGUCGGUUAUUUGUUUUUGAUUGGAAAUUUUAGCAGAAAGAAAUCGUGUUAAUUUGAUUGAUAUUUGUUUAAGCGUAUGUGUUUAUGAGCUCAGUUUUAGGUAAAAUGUUCAAAAUGGUGCUAAAGUAACUUCAAGUUGUAUACAUGUGAUACACCUAUAUUUUAAUUGCCCUUUCUUUUAUGCGCUACGUGAAAUGAGAGGUUUAUGUAAAUGUUGUUUCCAGUGCCAAUAAAUACUGAAAAUUUU